AUGAUGAAGCCACGCCGCAUAGUUGGGAGAACGAUAUACCGAAUAUUUAGUCAGGAUUUCCAAACUCAUGAAAAGGCCCUGUAUCCAGCCAAUACGACUGAUUCCUCGCUAUCCACUUCGCAGGGCUCGGUCGUCUGGAACCCCGGCCCACUUCGUGUUGAGCUCCACAUGCCCAGAGCGAUCAAGACCAACAAUUGA